GUUUGCUCUAAAUGGUACCAUCCAUUACACUCCCAUUGCACCUGAUUCUCAGAGCAUCGUGUCACCAUGGGGAUUUGCACUGGUGGUUUACGGCACUGUUGUGGGGAAGGCGAGCUUGAACCCUGGCGUGGCACAGGCGGAAAGGUUCGAAUGCUGAUCAUCGCUUUGGACUAUGACUACGCCCCGCCGUCUGAGCUCACAUGCACAAAGGAUGCACGAACCAUGUACCGGAUGGUGGGCCGAGCUGGGGUGGAUGAUAUCACGAUUAUCACGGACAAGGGUGGUGUGGGAGCUCCCAGCUUUCCUACACGCUCCUUCGUGCUACGCCACAUACGGCAAGUGGCCCGUACUUGCGAGCCGGGAGACUGGUUCAUUUGGUUCUGGGCGGGUCAUGGUGUAAAUGUCCCGGAUUUCAAUGGGGACGAACAGGGUGGCUUCGAUCAAGCCUUCGUCACACCGGAUCAGCAAGGAAAGCUCACGGAGUCUGCUUUGCUCAUCGAUGAUGACUUUGCCCUAGCUUUAGAUACCUUUGUCCCAGAGGGUGUGCGCAUUCUUUGUAUCAAUGACUGCUGCCAUUCCGGGACGAUCUGCGAUAUUGAUUCCUUUACAUACUCCCAUGACAUCUAUUCGAUCUCUGCUGCCAAGGACGACGAAGAGGCGGAAGACGUGGGCGAGGGUGGAGUGCUCAGCUGUGCCAUGCGGCGGGCGGUUCGGACCUUGAGCGUGGAGCAUGGACGGCAGGAGUUUAGCAUCUUAGACACCUUCAAGCGUUGCAAGCUCUUUGCCAAUAGAUUGACCCGCGAGCAGCAUGUGACUUUGCAAUAUAACGGUACUCAUCCAUCUUUGGUGGCCUGGCCCUUGGGCUUUGCUUGGUGGGAAUAUAUCAAGAAGGCCAAUCUCAUGAGGGUCGACAUCCAGGAUCUAGCAGAAGAUGGCUUGGAGAGUGAUGAAGAGUGGAUGAGACCUGUGAAUGAGCAACAUGUCACUGAAAGGACACCGGUUCUUAGUACUUCGCCCUUUGGCUUCUCUCCAGCUGCCAGAGCAGCUCCUCACUUUAAUAACUUUGGUCCAACGUGACCUGCCGCCUCCACAGCGAGACGACCACAAAAACAGGCAGAGCAUGCCCUUUUGAAGCAUUGAGGUCAUUGGAGCCUUGGGCCCAAAAUUGUGCGUGAGGUGCCCUUUCAUGUAUGUAGUACUGUUUGUUUGCAACCACAAAGUUGGAUGGUUGAGCUGAGAGCCCUUGGCGGAGAAGGGAUGUGCCGAAAAUGCGUCUUUUAGAGGGAUUCAUUCAUGAUGCAUCAGUGCUCUACGAUAGAUAGAAUAGCAAGGCUGUCUCAAGGACCAAAUUGAAG